UGUCAGAGCCGACAGGAGACAUGGUGAGCUGUGCUGGCUCUGCCAUGUGUGAGCUGACCAAUCAGAGCAGACUGGGUUUUCGGGAGGAGGGGCCUUAAAGAGACAGGAGUGGGAAUACAGUGCUGCAGCACUGGGCGGAGAGAAAACUGAUGUGUUUGUUGAGCACGAAAGCCUGUAAACCUAUUCUAAUAGCAACCCAAAAUAACAUAAGGACCAUAAUGUCUCCUUAGACUAAUUAUAAGUUCAACAACAGCUGUUUUCCUGCAUAAUGAGUCCUUUAAUGCAGGAAUUUUACUUGUAAUGGGGCAUUUUUUACAGUUGUAUGACUACAUUUACUUUCUGAUCGGAAUACUUCUUCCGCUUCCAAUGUUUUUGGAUAAGAAUGUCUUUGUAAUGUGUCCUUGGCACUGUGUGGACGCUCUUAGAAAACUUUUAAAGCAGCUUAUCUCAGGAGUGCACCUUUGUUUUCUGCCUCUUAGCCCAGUUUCCAGGGAGUGAGGUAUCCCCCCCAGCGCGCACGGCACAAGGCAAUACGGCCGCACUCCAGUGAAAAUGUAAACCCCGUGUUUUCUGAGGAUUACCUCGACUCAAAGAAGGACGCAGUGGGACUCCUUUCGCUCAGCCUGCCGUCUUGUCUAAUCUGCUGCCCCUCUUCUGCACCAGCGCUGCCUCUGCGCUGAUAAGAUACACUGUGCCAUACAUGAGGGCUGCAGCUUCCACCGUCUACAGUUGUGCAGAGCAAGAAAAAAGCCUGAGGAUAAACCAGCCUAUCUGAGUACGGGAGCGGAGGGGUUUUCCUGCGACAAACACACACACACACACACACACACACAUCUGUAACUUGCAGUAUUUCGAGCGUCAACGCGGGGGAAACAUUUUGGUGCAGGGGACCCGGAGGAUUCUACUACCACUGCUUGCUUUCGCGCGGAGGAGCGUUCCGCGCGUCCGACUGGAUUUACGCUGCAGUCCACUCCACAUCCAACUGCAGUGGCACAACUGCGAGAGGGGACAUCUCUAUCUUGAAACUCUCCGGACUUGCAUCCACAAGUGGAGCGUUUAUUUAUUUAUUUUUAUUUUGUCCUCCCUCUCCCCCAACCCCCCCUUUUCUGGCUCCAGAUUAUAUCACUUCACAACUACCAUGGGACAACGUGGCGACGGGCUGAGCAGAGGUAAAGCUUGCCAGUGGGAGAAGUGCGGGGAGAGUGCGGGACAGUGACUUCCAGGGGGCACCUGCGGGACGAGUGGAUGCCGUCUCCGAUGUGGAGCUUGUCGCUGUCCGACGCGCGAGUGGUGCUGAAAUUUGGAUGAUGCCUGGCCAGCGACUGCAAGGCUGCCGCUCCCUGCACCUCAACGAGGACAACGGCCGCUUCGCGCUGCUCGCCCUCCUCAUCAUACUGUACCUGCUGUGCGGCGCUGCGGUCUUCUCGGCCAUCGAGAGGCCCUCGGAGCUGCGGGCUCACGGCCGCUGGAACGGGACGCUCCUCAACUUCAGCGAGACCUUCAACAUCAGCCUGCAGGACCUCAACUCCUUCCUGCGGGAGUACGAGGCUGCGAUCGCCGCCGGGAUCCGGGCUGACGCUCUGAGGCCACGAUGGGAUUUUACAGGGGCUUUUUAUUUUGUUGGAACUGUGGUGUCGACUAUAGGUUUUGGGAUGACAACACCUGUCACAGUUGCAGGCAAGGUGUUCCUGAUCUUUUAUGGGCUUCUGGGCUGUGCUGCCACCAUCCUCUUCUUUAACCUCUUCCUGGAGCGCAUCAUCACACUGCUGGCCGUGGUGAUGAAGGCUGUUAGGGAGCGGCGAAUCAGGAACAGCGGUCUACUCCCACCAGGAAUCCGCCAUGACUUCUCAGCAUACUCCCUCCCAGGCUGGAAGCCCUCCGUGUACCAUGUGAUGCUGAUCCUCGGCCUGUCAGCCAUCACUAUCUCCUGCUGUGCAUCAGCCAUGUACACCCCUGUGGAGGGCUGGGCGUACUUAGACUCUCUCUACUUCUGCUUUGUCACCUUCAGCACCAUCGGCUUUGGGGACUAUGUCAGCAGCCAAAGCGCAGCUUACGAGUAUCAGAGCCUUUACAGGGUGGCCAACUUCCUCUUCAUGCUGAUGGGUGUGUGCUGCAUCUACUCGCUCUUCAAUGUCAUCUCUAUUGUCAUCAAGCAGGUGCUCAACUGGAUGCUGGAGAAAAUGAGCUGCUUGUUUUGCCAGCGCUGCAGUAAAGCCAGCGUUCUCCUGGGCAGGCGCAACGCCAUCCGGCCAGGCUCGAAGGGCCGCCAGGGUCGCUCUGGCCAGCGGCCCGACUCAGAUGGACCUUGCGAUAGUGACACUGAGGGACGCAGACUAUCAGGGGAGAUGAUCUCCAUGAAAGACUUGGCAGCCUCUAACAAGGUGUCGCUGGCCAUCAUGCAGAAGCAGCUGUCUGAGUCGGCCAACGGGUAUCCCAGGACAGUGUGCGGCAGCUCGCGCCAUAACGGUUUCUCUGGAGGGGUUGGCGCCCUCGGUAUCAUGAACAACAGGCUGGCAGAGACGAGUAACUCCAGGUAGACACAGUGAGACAGGAGCGCUUCAUUCUCUUACUGUGUGACAAACCCAGAGGUUGAUCACCAUAGAAAAAAUACAAAGAAGUGGAUUGCCAGUGUAACUUGUUAUGCAUGUUUUUUUUUGUUUUUUUUGUUUUUUUUUGGAUACUUUUAGUUGGAAUUACAAGCCUGUGGUGAUAAUACAGGUAACAAUGGUGAUGGUGAUGGUGAUGGCUUUGGCGAUGAUGGCAUGAAGAGAGAACAAAAAAAAAAGAAUUAAAAGUUGAUCUGGAAGCGUGGGGGAACCACCGAUAACCCAUUUCAUCAACCUCAAAUCCAAUCCAGAACAAAUCACUGAAAGUCUCUUAAAUACCAGUGUUAGUCUUGCAGAGGAAUUAGUGUGCUAAACACACUCCGACUGAAAUGUGCUGUACAGGAGCCAAGCGAGGCACACGGUGUGCUGCUCAGAGGCUCUGCCAGUUCAUCUGAAUGUACAUAUUGAGUGCUGACGUAAACAAGACAAGUGUAAUCACUGAAUGAUAUAGCACAUACUGAUCUAUGCAUUAUACUUCUCAUGCAUUUUUUGCACCAUUUCUAGACCUUCCAUUGAUUGUGCGAACCCCAUUACUUUACAAGUUUUACCCUCAAGGGUUUGAUCUCGUUCCUGGGUAGAGGCGGGGGAGGGGUCAAGCCGAGCCUGGCGGUGAUGUAGCACGGCUGCAGCGAGGGGCGUUUUCACAGUUUGCCACGCUAACAGGCUACAAAGAGUAAUUUUCCGUGGGCUCAAGAUGGAGAAAAGAGCAGCGUCGGAGAAUGAAAAUCCAUUUCUCGUGAGAGCGGAGCCGGCCUUCUUAUCAGCUCAGAAAAUGCUUCGGCUUGAAGGGUAAAAGAAGGCACCUUCCAGCUUUCUUCCUUAUGCUUACAGCUGUCUGCGAGGGAAAACAAACGAUAAACGCUCGCAUUGUAUUAAUUGCUCCGUUGAACGCAGAAUGUAGACUUAUUAGCUUGUGAAAACAGAAUGAAUGAGAGGUUCAUGUUUGUUUCAAGUGAAACAGAAGGGAGCAGAGGGAGGUGGAGUCGGAGGUGAAAUAUGGGUGGUUCUAUCCCAGAGGCACAUUAUGUUAAAUGAUGCAGAUUAAAGGUAGCCGGGUCAAUCCCAGAUGCUGGAGUGAAACAAAAAAAAACCCCUAAAGGAUUCUCUCACUUGCAUUGAUUUGACUUUUGUGGGAAUUUCCUGCUCUCAUCGGCAGGAGACUUCUUUGCAGAUGCGUGCCUCUGCAGAGGUUGAUUCUCGUCUUGAUUUCAGUGCAAAUGUGUAGCCGAGGUUUAAUGGAUGGAGGGUGUUUUGCGGAGGAUGCGGUGCUACCCUGUCAGGCUGCGAGAUCGAUGCGCAACGUUGCCGGAAACCAUCUCUUCCGAGGCAUCGUGUGAUUUAAAGCCGUGUGAUGCUUGAUGUUUCUGCAGACAGACAAGACAGAGGAGGAGACGUCGUCGGGUGAACUGUCCGGGUGACGAUGAUGGAGGGAGGGAACUAGCGAGAGAGGCCGCUGACAGCCGGAGAGGUUGAGGGGGGGGU